CUGGACGAAGAACUUGUAAACAAAACGCUGGACACUGGACCUUAUUUUCAGCCAUUUCACGACUUUCUUCAAGAUUCAGACACAGACAUGCUAAUAUGGAGAUGUUUUUAAAGCGUGAAGGUUUCAGUGAGAAAUUUCCCUUGUCACCAAGUCAGAAUCGCUACAUCUUGGGCCGCAACCCAACAUGUGACAUAAAAUUCACCAGCCCCUUCAUAUCACGGCAGCACUGUGAGAUCAAGCGUGUGCCACCCCAUGGGACACUUAUGAUAAGGAACCUUAAGGCAACCAAUGUCACCUAUGUUGAUGGAUUGGAGCUGCGUGAUUUAGAAAUGAUUGCUGAGCUGAGACCAGGCUGCCAGAUUGGAUUGGGGGUCCCCCUGAGCCAUGCCACAGAUGAAGGCAUCCGUAACAGCCAGUAUGUGUUCCUUCGGCUGUGUGAACCAGAAGACCAGAAUGAAAACCUCGGUAACAUGAGCAGUUUAAAUGAAACAGUGAAUUUUUCUCCAGGACAAAGAGGCAGAAGACUUAGUAAUAGCCGUCCACCUGGUGAUACAGUAACCCAGACAGAAAAAUCAGAGGAUGCAAGGAGAAAUGCAGGUAGAACUGGACCCUUCUGCAUGGAAUACUCUGAGACUCCUCAGGAAGGAGGCAUUAUGACAAGCACAUCAGCAACAUCCUUUGACCCUCAGAAAACCUCAUAUUCCCACAGUGGUUCUGAAAAUGAUUAUGUAAUGUCAAAGCUAAAACCAAACUCCUCUAUUGGUUUUAUCCCUUGUAUUCAGUCAUCCACAUCUGCAGCAACUACAAGGCCCUCUUUGGUUGCAUCUGCUAAUGUGCCACAAUCUUCAGGUGCAACCAAACCUCCAACUUUGUCUCUUGCACAGCCAGAGGUCAGUUGCAAUGAUAGUGAUGUAAGGUCACUGCCAUUGCUCACAUGCAUAUCAAGUGCCAAGAGAAAAGAAAGUCUAGAGCUGUUUGAUAAUAAUGAUUUGAAAGUUCAAGUUAAUGUAGAUAUUCCUAAGUCUACUAAGACUCUCCCAAGAAGGAACAGUAGAGAUGAUUGUAAGGGAUUAACUUCUCACCAAAGUGAAUUUAGUAAUCAAUGGAAAGAUGCUGCUUCUGUAGGAGAUGAAAUGAGAAAAUCUAGUCAUAGCAUAUCUGGCCUUCCUCUUCAUGUAGAGGAAACAAAACAGGGUCCCUCUUCAUUGCAAUCUGAAGGCCAGUAUUCUUCUCCAAUAGUUCAAAGCAUGGAAACUCACAGAAGAGAGAAACGGAGUUCUGGUACCCAUGGUGUGUCACAAAUUCAGCAGGAUUCCAGCAUGCGGUCUGAGGGUGAUGCCUGUAAUAGGGCAUCACCCUCUUUUCCAGUCCAACAUGUUCUUGAAGUGCUAGAUGUUGUUUCUAGCAGCAAACCUGUUAGUUCAUCCGAAGUGCUGGAAGUUAACUCCACAAGAAAAGCAAAGGCAUCAGAGGAAAAUCUGAGGAAAAGCACAGUUGAAGAUACAGUAACUGUAAUGGAGUCCUCAAGCAAUUUCCUAUAUGGAAAAAGAGCUCCUGGAUUAGAGAAUCAGUCCCCUUUUCAGCACCAACAUAUAAAAGCAAAGCAUCUACUUCAAACUGUUAAUAAUCUCACAGUUCAGACUCCUGUGUUAGGGGCAGCUGAAACUUCUGCUUGUGUAAAGGCUACCAAAGAACAAACAAAUUUUGUGGAAAAAAGAAAUGAAUUUGAUACCAACAAAGACCAAAAAGAUGAACCUAAAGAUUGUGGCCAGACAGACCUAAUCACCAUUGAUGAGUUUCUUGAAGGGGAUAUCAUUGACCUCACACAGCAGGAUCCUGAACCUGAUAACUCUGUCGAGAAAAGGACUGAGGAUGAAGAGCAAGACUUGAUGGCCUGCUUUGUUGUUGACCUCAUGGAAGAGGAGAAGGGGGAGACAGCUAGUGAAGGAUCAGCAAAGAGGAAGAGGAAUACUGGAGAAGAAACAAUAAAGUCUCUAAGCUCCACCAGUGCUGAUUUCAAGGAUGUAAAAAAGGCAAGACUAAUUGCACCAGCUGUUAGUAAUUUAAAUUCCAGGGAAGACUCGGGAAGUGACAGUGAUAGUGGUGUUCUUAAAACUCUAAGGAAUUCCAAGCUGAAAAGGAGCAUUGUACUAGAUUCUGACAGUGAGACAGAAAUGGAAAAAUCAAAGUCUUUGAAUGAAAAAGCACAGCCAAAAGAGAACUUUAGAAUGAAGUCUGAAGUUAAUGCUUGGGCAAAGAGAGAUUGCCAGGUAGCCAUUGAAAGGCUGCCAUCAUCGGUUGUUAAAGGUGCAGUGAGUGGUAAGGAAAUAAUUAAUGAUAAAAAGAGUGGACUAACUGUAGAAACUCCUCCUAUGAACAGCAGAAGCAGAAUUCUUACUUCAAAAGAAAACAAAACCUCUGGAGACACAGGCAGCAAAGUUUCUACUGUGGCAAGUAAGGAGAUUAGCAAAAUUGAUCUUCCCUGUAUUACUUAUGGUCUUGACAGUGAUGAUGAUCUUCCAGAUCUCAAUAAUGUAGACUUAAAACCAGUUCGUGGGUCAGUAUGCUCAGAGAAUAUAAUAGUGAGAAGAAGAAGUACUGAAGAUGAUGAUAAAAGGAAGGGGAAAGAUCCACCAAAGGCAUUCAAUGAUGGAAGAGGAUCUUUAGAUAGGCAAUACAGUAAUCCACCUAUGAAACACCACAUUGGUGCCUUAGGAAGAAAAGAAUCUGAGCCACCAGGCAAGAGACAUAAGAGGCAAAGCUCCAGAGAUUCACAACUAUCUGAUGCACAAGAGACCAGAGAUUCCCAGGGCCUCAGGCAGCAGAAAGUAAACAGAACAGAUAAGAAUCCCAAUUCAACUCCUGAGGUCUCAUCAUCCAAGGCAGGCAGAAGUUACAAAAACUCUGGGGAAUCCUCUGAUGAUGCUUCCUCUAAAGAUGCAACAAAAUGUGCUGCAGAAACCUCUGCUUCUGUGUUAUCUGUGCCAGGCAGCAAAUCAGCUAAUGAAGAUGUUGACUACAUCUUUUGCAAGCCAAGACCGGAUGCACUGGUCAAAAUCAAGAAAGAGAAGGGGGUACAAGAAAGUGUAGUAAACAUGAAAAUAAAAACAGAGAAAAUAGAGAAAGACCAAUGGCAUUUAAACAUUAAAAGGGAACCAGAAGAUAAGGAAAAGGCGUCUACAGAGAAAGAGAAAGUUCGUGAUACAUGUGACGAUGAAGAUGAUGAUGUUCUCAUAAUGUAUUCUCAGGUAGAUGAACCCAUCUGGUUAUCUAGUGAUGAGGAGGACUCUUCCACAUCAGUGACUGCAGAUGUGUCCUUUGGCCCUCUUCCCCCAAGCCCAGAAUUAGGCAUAGAGGAAUUAUUCGCCACAGAAGAUCAGCAGAAGGAGGCAGGAACAGCAGAUAAGGCUAAGGGUGGUGCCGUUACAGAAGUAGAUAUUGAUGAGGAUGACCAGUGGUUCCCUGUUUUAUCUCAGUCCUUCUGGGAUGAUGACAUUGAGGAGACAAAAAAGUCAUCCAAAACGGAUGAGCCAGUCGCAGGUCCAAGCAGCACCAGCAGCUGUGCUAAACAGAAUGAUGAGUUAGAAGAUGAUGACAAGUGGCUUGAACUCUCACAGGGAUUCAUGGAUGAUGAUGCUGAAUUUGAUAAUAAAUCUUCCAAAGAUAAAGAUGCAACUGACAGCAGCUUCGAGGUAUCGCAGUGCGACUGUAGAAAAAAGCAAGAACAAGGAUCCCAGGAAAUCUCAGCUCAUAGAUCCAACACAAAAGACAGGGAGAAUCUGCAUGAAAAGCAUACCAAAACUAGAACCACAAAGAUUAUCACCCCACCCCAGAAGAGUCGCAGAAAGAAAGGACCCAGUUUGCGUGAAAAUUUGACAGCAAAAUAUAACUUGCAAUCAUACAAAGCAACUGUAGAACAAAAGAAGGAAAGUUAUCACCUUGUCUCACGAACUGAAGAAGAUAAGAAGAAAGAGUCUUCCCACAGGAAAUCACACUUAAUUACAUCAGAACCCCGGAAAGAGGAAAACAUAUCUGUACAAAAGAAGCCUUCUCAUAAGGAAGGUGGGGACCAGGCAAAAUCCAGGUCAACAGUCGCUGCCAAAGUUACAUCUAAGAAUCGUUCAGAGAAGCUCAUUGACAUCAACAUCUUUCCUUCGCCUGAAGUGCCCAAACCUCAGCUGCGAAAGAAAUACAAAAUCCCCAAAAAUGAUACUACCAAGAAGGCAGAUUCCAAAGAUAAUAAAAAAGGAGAAGGAAGUAGUCAUGUACUGGAUGCAAGCACCAAGAGGGCCCCUCCAGCACCUGAAAUAAAUACUUUGGAAAACAGUGAAAGGGAGACCAAAUCAACUCCUAUGCAAAAAGAUUCAGAAAAGGUUGUUGUAACAGUUGACCAAAAGAUUAGUAGCAUUAUAAAAGAUAAAGAUAAAGGAAAUAUGAAGGCUAAGAAACAUGUUCGUUUUCCAAGCCAGCUUGAAGAUUUGGUGAAAGUCUUGUACAUAUCACCGCGCAAAAAUGCAGAGCGAUUGGGAGCAUUGUCUGUUAAAGCAAAGGAAGUGUUACCCAAAGAACUCUUAUUUUUGAAGUACAAGAUUCCCAACAACUAUUUUGAUCAGUUCAUUUACUUUGUGUGCAGAUGGAAUUAUGACUGGCUUGACAGCUACAGAAUCAUGCAGGAGAAGCAUGCAAAUGGCAAGCUGAAAGAGGUGAGGCCUCCUCCAGUUGUCCAGAACACCACCUAUCCAACACUCAUAUUGUAUGACUCAUACAAUGACUAUAAAGAAAUUUUCAGCACCCUCAUGUACUAUGAAGUCUGGGAGCAUGUUUACCAGGACUGGUUACAGUACAGAAAUACCAAUAUGUGGCUGACAGCUCAGAUUGAUGUAAUACAACCCCCAGGCAUAGAUAGGGAAGUUAAUGCCCCCAAGUUUUGGAUGGUAAAGGUGAUCACAUUGAUCACACAAGAACAGAGCAGUCGAAACCACCAUCCUAGGCAAGGUUCUCUUGUAGCCUUAAAGCUUCAUGAAGGAAAGAGAAGAGUUGUGAUCUUGGGCUAUGUUGACAACAUCAUCAAGUCCAGAAAACGGAAUGUUACAAAAGAAUUAGAUAUGAUGGUCCCACAGGGUGAAGUUUGUCUCCUUCUCUGCAUGCGUGUCACCAAGGACACCAUCCAGACUGUAAAACUAGGGAAGAUGAUAUAUGUUAGCAAUGUCUCCUACAUUCGCCCUGCUACGAGAACUUGGGAAGGUUUGUGCAAACUCCCUCAGUCCCCUUUGUGUGGUGACAUACUCAAGCCUUCUGAGGAGGUGUUCAAAUGUACUCAACACCCAGGAGAGUACAUCAUUCCUGACAUGCCUCUCAACAAUGUUCAGAAGAAGGCUGUUGUUGAAGUUAGUAGUAAAUGUACUGUUGAUGAGCUGGUGCCAAAGAUCAGCUUGAUUCACGGUCCGCCGGGAACAGGUAAAACACGGACUAUAACUGCCCUCAUAGCCCAGAUAACAAAGUCUUGCCGUGAAAAUAAAAGGCCUUGCAGAAUUCUCUUGUGUGCCCCAUCAAAUGCAGCUGUAGAUGAAUUAACCCUGCGUCUUAUCAAGCUCAAAGAAAUUGGAUUGUCUCUCCGCCUGGUGAGGGUGGGUGUGAGAGAAAGCAUAAGUUCUGAGUUGAGGGAAUAUACCCUCGAUGCAUUUGUACAGAGACAGGUUAAAAUUGAACUUUCCACCCCAAAAAAUUUAUCAACCCGACAAGAAUGGGAAAGGAAGAGGUACAUGGUAAAACAGGCAGCAGAUGCAUUGGAGAAGGCAAGAAAAGAGAAUAGGAAUAAGGAAGAGAUCAAGGCAAUGGAAACUCGUUUAAAUGAAUUAGUUAGAGGAAAAACUGAGUUUGAAAGAAGCUUCCAUUCCCAGCCUAAUUCACAGGAACGAUAUAAACUGCAGCAAAAGUGGCAGGAGCAGUUUCUCUUAGGAGCAGAGGUCAUUACUGUGACGUUAGGAGGCUGUGUCUCAGGUGUGAUGCAGGAAGUCCUUGGCAAACUGCCUCAUGCAUUUACAUGCUGCAUCAUUGAUGAAGCUGGACAAUGCAAAGAAACUGAAACAUGGCUUCCAUUGCUCUAUGGUGUCCGCAAGUUGGUUCUGGUAGGAGACCACAAACAGCUUCCAGCCACUGUGAUCUCACAGCUAGCCCAGAACAAAAAUCUCAAGCAGUCGCUCUUUGAGAGAUUCUUCUACCGUUAUGUAAUAGAACUGCAGAUGGACAACCUCAUCCACUCUCUCAAUGUUCAGUACAGAAUGCAUCCAGAGAUUGCAGACUGGCCCUGUAAACACUUCUAUUUGAACAAGCUUGUGACAAGUCCAGAAAUUGUAAUGGAAAGAACGUAUGGUCUGAGACCAUACAUUGUUUUUGAUCUGAAGACAUCUCAAGAGCAAAAAAGCCAAAACAAUGAGCUCUACAAUCCAGCAGAAGCAUCACUGAUUCGCAUUCUUUUGGAAGCAAUUGAGCCAGAUAUUGCACAGCAGAAGGUGGCCAUCAUAACCCCUUACCAGUGCCAAAAGUACAAGCUUGAGGAGAAACUGGCAAAGUUCUUUGGCCGGAUCAAUCUAGUUAUCAACACAAUUGAUGCAUUCCAGGUAGGUCUUGGUCAGAUUUUAUUAAUGUUAACACUUGUGGAAAUAGGGCUAAUGAGUGAGGGAACAAAAGCCAACAGAGCAGGGGACAGAUGCUCAGAGCUUGAGAGAUUGUUGACUUUGUUCCAGGUUUAUGUACUCUGAGGUCUGUAUAAGGUC